CCUGUAAAGGGUUGGACAUGUGAUUUUGGAAACAAAGUUAGGUGAGACUGGUAGAUGGAGUCAUUUUUUUGGAACUUCAGAUGGGUAUCAAGUAUUCAAUAUAUAAAACACUUUUGGGACAGUUAUUUCACGUUAAUAUAGAGAAAAAGUCUGUGGUACUAGUGCUACGACUCACCUUAAUUUAAUGGUGACAUCAUUUUUUUUUUGUUAUAAUAUAAACAUAAAUUCUUUGUCAUUUAUAUUAUAAUAAUUUUGUUAUCCGUCUGAGUCAACACUAGUUCUGGGUCAACAUCUUCUUCACUUGAAAGUUUGAAGAGCUGCUCGUGGGAGGGGGAGUUGAGGUUGGUAUGCUUAAUUAUCACAUGUUUACCAGAAGAGUUUCUUCAAGUAGGAGUCCAAUUCUGCCCUUGGCCCAAGAAAAUGUGAGAAGUUAUAAGUGUGGUUAUGAUUAGGAAAAACUAACUGGUAGACAGUAAAGUAACAGUUCAAAAUGUACAAAAUAGAAUACUGUUCUGUUAGUCACUUCGAAAAUCCUACUGGAUAGUCAACAAAUUUCAAUCUCCAUUUCUUUCUUUCAAGAAAGCACAAUAUGGUGAGACAGAGCUUGGAGGAAGGACUGUUACCAGGUUCUUCAAUUCUUAAACCAAAUGGAGGCAUUGGUGAUGGCAGUGAAUUAAAUGUAUAUCAAAGCGCUUCUUCCGCUACUCCUACUGUUUUGUUCAGCACCUUCAUUGCCAUAUGCGGUUUCUUCGUUUUUGGCUGCUGUGCAGGAUACUCGUCGCCUGCUGAAUCGGGAAUCAGGGAGGACCUGGGCCUCUCAGUGGCAGCAUUCUCGGUUUUUGGUUCAGUGAUAACAAUUGGUGGACUGGGAGGUUCAUUAAUAAAUGGGAAAAUAGCUGAUCUCAUUGGUCGGAGAAAAGCUCUCUGGUUUGCAGAUUUUUUCUUCAUCAUGGGGUGGUUGGCUAUAGCUUUUGCCAAGGAUGUCUGGUUCUUGGAUCUUGGAAGAGCAUCACUGGGAAUUGGAACUGGCCUCAUGGCUUAUCUGGCACCUGUAUAUGUUUCAGAAAUUACUCCUAAGAAUAUUCGAGGAGCAUUAACAUCAGCUAAUACGUUGAUGCUUACUUGUGGAAUAUCAUUAAUGUUCUUUCUUGGAACUGUUGUUUCUUGGCGCGCCCUGGCUCUAAUUGCUAUUAUUCCAUGCAUGGUGCAAGUGUUUGGUAUAUUCUUCAUUCCAGAAUCCCCUAGAUGGCUGGCGAUGACUGGUCGAGAGAAAGAAUUAGAUGCUACUCUGCAGAACUUAGAGAAGGGAUGCUGA